GUGGCUGCUGGGAAUUAUUAAUGCCUAUAUUCAAACGACCCGGAAGUGGGGCGGAGCCGGAGCCGCCGCCGUCCCAGAAGUCUCCGGGAAGCUGUCGCGCUGCGCGGUCGAGUUGUUGGUCGUGGGGAAAGAGAGUGGCGCUGGAACCGGGGAGUUAGGACGAGUGCUGUAUGCGGCCGUGGUGUACGGGCCCGUCCGGUGACUGGUGUGUGACCUGUGACAGAUGGAUCUGGCUUAUGUCUGCGAGUGGGAGAAAUGGCCCAAGAGCACCCACUGCCCAUCAGUGCCCCUGGCGUGCGCCUGGUCCUGCCGCAACCUCAUCGCCUUCACCACAGACCUCCGGAACGACGACCAGGACCUGACCCGACUGAUCCACAUCCUGGACACGGAGCAUCCCUGGGAUGUGCACUCUAUCAACUCAGGGCACAGCGAGGCCAUCACCUGCCUUGAGUGGGACCAGUCAGGCUCCCGGCUACUGUCAGCUGAUGCCAACGGACAGAUCAAAUGCUGGAGUAUGGCGGACCAUCUGGCCAACAGCUGGGAGAGCUCUGUGGGCAGCCUGGUGGAAGGGGACCCCAUUGUGGCCCUGUCCUGGCUGCACAACGGUGUGAAGCUGGCACUGCACGUGGAAAAGUCAGGAGUCUCCAGCUUCGGGGAAAAGUUCUCCCGUGUCAAGUUCUCGCCGUCGCUAACGCUGUUUGGGGGCAAGCCCAUGGAGGGCUGGAUCGCAGUGACGGUCAGUGGCCUGGUCACCGUGUCCCUACUCAAGCCUAGCGGGCAGGUGCUAACGUCGACAGAGAGCCUGUGCCGGCUGCGCAGCCGUGUGGCCCUGGCUGACAUUGCCUUCACGGGUGGUGGCAAUAUCGUGGUGGCCACGGCGGAUGGCAGCAGCGCCUGCCCCGUGCAGUUCUACAAGGUGUGUGUGGGCGUGGUUAGCGAGAAGUGCCGUGUGGACACUGAGAUCCUUCCCUCGCUGUUCAUGCGCUGUACCACCGAUCCCAACCGCAAGGCCAGGUUCCCUGCCGUCACCCACCUCAAGUUCCUGGCCCGUGACAUGUCAGAGCAGGUGCUCCUGUGCGCAUCCAGCCAGACGAGCAGCAUCGUGGAGUGCUGGUCCCUGCGGAAAGAGGGGCUCCCUGUGAACAACAUCUUCCAGCAGAUCUCUCCUGUGGUUGGUGACAAGCAGCCCAUGAUUCUUAAAUGGAGGAUCUUGUCGGCCACCAAUGACUUGGACCGGGUAUCUGCUGUGGCACUGCCCAAGCUGCCCAUCUCACUCACCAACACUGACCUGAAGGUGGCCAGCGACACGCAGUUCUACCCUGGCCUCGGGCUGGCCCUGGCCUUCCAUGAUGGCAGCGUCCACAUUGUGCACCGACUGUCACUGCAGACCAUGGCUGUCUUCUACAGCUCUGUGGCCACACGUGCCGUGGAUGAGCCAGCCAUCAAGCGCCCUCGGACCACGGGUCCUGCCGUCCACUUCAAGGCCAUGCAGCUCUCCUGGACCUCCCUGGCCCUUGUGGGCAUCGACAACCAUGGGAAGCUGAGCAUGCUCCGCAUCUCGCCUUCCAUGGGCCACACUCUGGACAUGGGCCUGGCCCUGCGACACCUGCUAUUCCUGCUGGAGUACUGCAUGGUGACUGGCUACGACUGGUGGGAUAUCCUGCUGCACGUGCAGCCGGCCAUGGUGCAGAGCCUCGUGGACAGGCUGCACGAGGAGUACACACGCCAGAGCGCCACCUUGCAGCAGGUCCUCUCCACCCGGAUCCUGGCAAUGAAGGCCUCCCUGUGCAAGCUGUCGCCCUGCACGGUGACCCGCGUGUGCGACUACCAUGCCAAGCUCUUCCUCAUCGCUGUCAGCUCCAUGCUCAAGUCCCUGCUGCGUCCACACAUCCUCAACACGCCCGACAAGAGUCCCGGCGACCGGCUGACCGAGAUCUGCACCAAGAUCACGGAUGUCGACAUCGACAAGGUUAUGAUCAACCUCAAGACAGAAGAGUUUGUGUUAGAUAUGAACACGCUGCAGGCGCUGCAGCAGCUCCUGCAGUGGGUGGGUGACUUCGUGCUCUACCUGCUGGCCAGCCUGCCCAACCAGGGCUCUCCACUGCGGCCGGGCCACAGCUUCCUGCGGGACGGCACCUCGCUGGGCAUGCUGCGGGAGCUGAUGGUUGUCAUCCGCAUCUGGGGCCUGCUGAAGCCCAGCUGCCUGCCUGUGUACACAGCCACCUCCGACACCCAGGACAGCAUGUCCCUGCUCUUCCGUCUGCUCACCAAGCUCUGGAUCUGCUGCCGUGAUGAGGGCCCCACGAGCGAGCCAGACGAGGCUCUCGUCGAUGAAUGCUGCCUGCUGCCCAGCCAGCUGCUCAUCCCCAACCUGGACUGGCUGCCUGUCAGCGACGGCCUGGUCAGCCGCCUGCAGCCCAAGCAGCCCCUGCGGCUGCACUUUGGCAAGGCUCCCACUCUGCCUGGCAGCGCCACCACCUUGCAGCUGGAUGGCCUCAUCAGGGCCCUGACGCCCUCCGGUCUCCCCUCGCCUGCCAGGGCACCGGGCCAGCCCAAGAUGGACCACCUGCGGAGGCUGCAUCUGGGCGCCUAUCCCACGGAGGAGUGCAAGGCCUGCACCAGGUGUGGCUGUGUCACCAUGCUGAAGUCACCCAACAAGACAACGGCCGUCAAGCAGUGGGAGCAGCGCUGGAUCAAGAACUGCCUGUGUGGGGGGCUGUGGCGGCGGAUGGCCCUCAGCUGCCCCUGACUCGGGUCUCUGUGUCUUGUAAAUAGAUUCCUGAUGGGCAGGUGACGCUGCUUCCUCAUUGGUGACAGCAUUCACACACUUGGGACCUUCAUCGGGUGUGUUAAAAAAUAUCUUUGAAAGGUGACUUUUGGGUCCUCAUCACCCAUGACAGGGAGGGCAGGUGAGGACAUGGCCUGAAGCCUCCUCCAGGUGGUGCCCCUCGGCCCAAUGGCACCACUGUCUCUCCCUCAGAGCCUAAUGGCAUGUCCCGGGAGGAGAGGCCCGGCUGUGUAUCUACCCGUCCUGGGUGCUGAGACAGACCUGGGCCUGCCCCUUAGGUCUCACAACCCAACUGCUGACCUCCCCGGACCUGCAGACCCCCAGGAGCACCUCCAGAUGUCCCAGAUCCCAGAUCAGAGGGUCCAGGACAGUCUGGGCAUCUGUCCUUUAAAACGUCCCAUGUGAACCUAUCGGGUGUCCAGUGGUUGCUGCCCGUGAUGCCAGCCAGGCUCCUGCAUCAGUUUGCUCACCUGUAGCUGCUCAUCCAGGGGGCUCUGACCUGGGCCGCCCAAUAAAUGUUCAGCUGGGUUGGGUCACA